AGAACAUACGAUCUUACACACAUGUGUACAGCUUUAUGUUCGGCCUGCGAUAUGGCGGAUAUGGCCGCGAAGCGUUUCGGUGAGCCAAGUUGAGACAAAGAUUAAUCUGCGAGACGGAGAAUUGAGUCGAAAGGACGAUCCGGCAAUUAGACGAGUAUUGAGAAGACUUUUGUUAUUACGGCCGUAACCAUGCAGAACUUUGAUGAUCUCGAUAUAGAGGGACGUAAUCCUUCUCACUUGUCAGAAGAGGAAAGGGAAAAGGAAGAGUAUGAUCGCAAACGUAUAAUGCGAUGCAGCGUUACCGCCGAGGAUGGCGAGCUAAGACCCGUCUACUCCGAGACCGAAGAUGGUGAUAUAUGGUGUCACAUAUGUAACGUCGCCUUGUUUGGGGCUCAUAAAUUGAUAAGUCAUAAUUUGUGCAAUCGUCACAAAAUGAAACUGGACGAAUGGCCAUACCCGGUUAUGCUGUGGUCCAAACGACCGGAUGGCUCCAAGACUGUUGCGCCAGCGCAAUCCACCGCUAUCGGUGAUGCCCUGGCACCUGGUGAGCCGGUACCACCCGGUACGGAGGACCAAAUAACGCGUACUACCUCGAUACAAAUGAGCUUGGACCGACAUCAAAGCUCACCGCUCGUCGGCCUCGAGUAUUUGCUGGAGUUGGUGGACAAUGACUCCUGCGAACCGAGUUACACGUGCGUUUUGUGCGACAAACGCGGUGAUCCUCGCACCGUAAUGGCCCACAUUACCAGUUAUAAUCACCGAGUGACGUAUCUCAAUAGACACUUCCCAACCAUAUCGCGAGCAAUUACGGAAUUACCGCGUACCCCGAACUAUAAGCGCGGGGCUAAUGAAAUAUCGGUGUUAGUGGCGAAGAAAAUUGAAGAGAAGUUUGGAAGAAUGAAACCGCAAUUAGUCGACAAAAAUCAGUUUGAAAAGAAUAAGAUGCAGUAUAUCAAGAGAGUAUAUCAGGACGUUCAUUUCAGGGAAACGCCCGAAUGUACGUUUAUGGAAGUUUAUGAUGUGCGAUGGGUGACAAAUUUUGAUGAAAAAAUGGCUGAAAUAAACGGUAAUAAUAUUAACAAAAAGAAAGAUUCCCAUUCCACCGAUGAGAAGAUUGAUGACAAAUGUAAAAAGGAAGAUAAGAAAAAGGAAAAGUCGCCAAAAAAAUUAGAUUCCAAGGGAGAAACUACAAAAUCAGGCUUCAAAAUUCGUUUCUUCAACAAGGAUAAAAUCAAUUUUCGUAAGACUACGCCGAAACCUGACGAGGAGGCGAAAAAGUCACCGAAACGUCCCUCGGAUGACACCAAAUCGCUCUCGUCACUUUCCAGUAUAUCCAGCAGUCCGUCCCCGACUCGUUCAAGAUCCCGCGUGCUUAGUAGUAGUGGUAGAAAAAGAAGUUCUGCCGAGAGAAGCACAGGAAGACAUCGUAGCGGUUCGCGACACUCGCAUGAACGUACGCGCGGCCGAACGCGAUCGCGAUCGCGGUCGCGGUCGCGUUCUUUGCAGCCUCUUCGAGAGCGUGAUAAGUGGGAUAAGUAUCGCGAGCAGAUUAGACGCGCCGAGGAAACGCUGGAUCGCGCUCUAAAGUUCCAUGAAAAGAAUCCCGAGAAGCAUCCAUCUUAUCCGGACGAAUGGAAGAAAUUUUGGAACAGACGAUACAAGGAGCUCCAGGCCGAAGGUAAUGACCCGAGCAAGCACGAUUUUAAACCGGAAUGGAUCGAAUUUUGGAACAAGAGAAUGCGCGAGAUUCACAACGAGCAACUUCAACAGCGAAAGGAGGAAAUCAGGAAGCGAUUGGAAUUACCUGAGGAUAAACCGCCGGAGAAAUGGAUCCCGCCGAGGCGAGAACGGGAACGGGAGCGGGAGCGGGAGAGGGAGAGGGAGCGAGAGCGAGAGCGAGAGCGAGAACGAGAACGAGAUAGAGAACAUUCUCCGGCAAAGCGUAAUAGAUAUCGCAUAGAGAGCGACGAUGAAGUUGAAUACGUUGGUACGAAAACGGUCAAGACUGAUUACUACGACCGCCACGAAAUCAGGGAUCGAGAGUACGUGUAUACGACGUACUCUUCGCGUGGAAGAGGAAGCGUGUAUAACCGUAAUUAUCCACGAACAGCGACGCGUUCCAGACCGAUAUAUUACGCGACUCCAUAUCCCGUAAAAGACAAAUCGCCCACUCCGCCUGUCGCGGAGGAGGUGUUAACGGAAGAUCUCGAAGUAGUCGGUUUAUUGCGAUUGCUGACGGCGCUUGAGGGUCAGUUGGGUUCCCUCGGUCCUAAGAUAGUAUCUCUCUUGUCGAAGGCUUUAGCGGCGGAGAAAGCAACGCCAAAUUCCGCUGAGGAGCUGCUGUACGACGAGGAAGUGAGCGUCCUGUUCGAGACUGUUAAAGAAAAGCUCAAGGGUCAGUUGUUCGCAGGUAUGGUGGAGAAGAUGGCAGUUACGGCCACUAAAACCGCUAUACAAAAUAUUGCCAAGUUGUUGCACAGGGCUUCCGAGAACAAGAAGAAACUUGAAGAGGAGAAGAAGAAGAAAGAGCGAGAGCUCUUGGAAGCGUCGAAACCUACGCUGACGAGUUACAUCAACAGAACCACGUAUUCGAGACCGAUAGAAACAUCGACCAUUAGGUCCGAGCCAGUGAGCGUCCCAGGUAUCGGCACAAUCGACAAAGUCGCUAUUGCUCAGCAAAUCGCUGCGGCUCUCGUCGCGCAAGGUAGAUCGAACGUCUCGCAGGAAGAAUUGGAGACUCUCAUCAAUGCUGUAGUCGGCAUGGCUGAGGCGUCGAAACACUCCGAUAAGCCUGUCACUGCUGCUGAUUUCGUUAAGGGCUUAACGAACUGUGGUACUGUUGCUCCUCAGGGCACAGCGGAGCCCACCAAGCCGACAUCGGCUGACUCCUCCACGUCUCCGAAAAUGGAAAACCUGUCGGACGCCGAUCUGAAAUUGAAAUUGCAAAGCUUCAAAGAUUUGAGCACGCAAGAGCAGCAUGGCCUCAUAGGUUUCCUGAAGAAGCUCGAAGCGAGCGAUCCGACGAGGGUAGAAAGACUAAGAGAGUUCGUUAAUCUCGGCAUGACGGUACCGUUGUCGACCGUGUCGGGUAGCGCGAAAUCACCAAGUCCGGAGAUGGAAAUUCCCAUCGGCAAAGGCAGAAAGAGCAUAUCCCCGUUCUCCGCACGAAAAGGAAAUCAAAAUCCAACUGAUGAUGGUGACAAGUGGAAACCUAAGCUCGACAUGUUCGCGAACGACGAGGACGACGAGCCGCAAAAGAAAAAGGAUAACGACGACAAAACUAAGACAAAGUUGGAUUUAUCCGAUGACGACGAUGAUUACACGUACGAAGAUAUUUACAAGGCAGCGGAUAAGAAUGUGUGCGAGAACGAGAAAGCCAUGAAAUCACGCACCUUCUCUAACUCGCCGAGAUCAUGGUCGCGAUCGCGAUCGGGAUCGAGAUCGAGAUCACGAUCGCCAGUCUCGAACCAGAAGGAAGCAGUGAGGACGAGCGAUCCGAACGCGAUACUGAACGAAACGAAACGUCUGAUUGCGAAUAUUAUGUGCGAUUUGCCAAACAAAUACGUUCAAAAAUUACAUCCCAGUCUAAGUAACGACAAGACCGAGUUAGCGACAAAAACAGUCGAGCAAGUACCGGCGUCGGCUGAUAUGUCAAGCUUCUACAAUCAGGGCUUCAUUCCGAACAAUCAACCACGACCGCAAGGACAGCCACAGUUGACGGGCUAUCCCAACAUGUCGAGUCAGCAGUUCUCAAAUUAUCAACAGCCGCAAAUGUUUUCCAGUAAUUCAGGAUACAUGGACAACGGUUAUAAUUACCAAGGUUACGGCAACAUGGGUAAUCAGGGUCAAUACAGUGGGCCGACGAUGCCGUCGAACCAAUAUCCGCAGCAAACUUACGGAUCGUACGCUGCUCCAACCGCGCAUUCGUCAAGCUACGUCCAGCAAUCGCAAACGCAGCAAUACGACUCUUAUGUGCAACAACAGCAACAACAACAACGUUUUUAUUGAACAAGAAAGCACUGUGUCCUGCUUAAUCGAUUACGUGUCAUGCUUUUUAUCAUUAACAUUAUAGAACAUCAAUUUCUUUCUUUCUUUCUUAAAUGAAGUUGCAAGUUUCGUCUUCUUUAUGUACAGUUACAUGGAUGCUUGUGAAUAUGUACGUUUUGUGGGAGCGUUUUUAUUAUUCGCGCUUUACAUGUUUCCAAGAUAAACUAAAUCCUUUCUUGAAAUCUAUCUCUCGAAAUUCUCGAUAAUCGAAGUCAACAUCAGCACGCCGUUUCCAUUUUUAUUCGCGCGACUAUUCACAACUGUGAUUACAGGUAUUUCUGUAUUUAUAAUGCGUCCGGAUCUUUUGCGCAAUUUUCCUCUAGACAUGUAUUUUAUUCAUUCGAUAAAAGAUAUUUUUUCCAUCAUCUUUAUAUAUUACGAACUAUACGAUACAGAUAAAACUGUUGUCAUGCUACUAUUUGCGAAUGGAAUAUCGAGACCCUUCGGUGUAUGACAAUUCAGCAAAAGUGCGCCAAGAGUACUUUAACACGCACAUUAAAUAUAUUGCGGAAUCUUUUUCAUACAUCGGUAAAGAUUCUCUCAUCAAGCGUUCUCUCGCACGUUAAGUCACAUUUAUUUUCGUAUAAGUUUUCAUGUAUCUGCUGCGAGUAUGCGCGGGUAUGAGUGCAGUGAAAGUUUCGUAAACUGUGUAUAUUGACCGAAUAUGCGAAUCGAGUGACUUGUAUAUGCACGAAGUGAAUGUGUGCAGUUGUUACGCGUACGUCGUAUGACUUCGACCAAACGAAAGUAAGUAAAAUAAAUAAACUAGCCGCCAGGGCUAGAUAUGCUAAAUUAGUUUCAACUACAUAUUUCAUCCGUUUGUAUGUAUUCGAUAAGAUGAUAUAAAAUUCUCAUCGCGCUUAUUGUAUAGAAAUUUCGAUGAUACUUGACAGAAGCGAAUUGCAGUGAUUAUGUAAUACAUUUUAGUUUACGUUUAAAAACAAAUAUCUCGCUAAUUUCAUUGAAAAUAUAUUUAUCAGCGCAAUUUUGUCAAUAAUAUAAAUAAUAAAAAUAUGAGAAAACAACGUUACUUGUAAUGCGCAUUGUUUCCACUUCAGUUCUUAAGCAACUCAUAUGAAGACGUGUAAUAUUCUUAUCAAGGUACAAAUAAUUGAUCGAGAGAAAUCUUAAUGAAAUAACGAAAUAGGAUAAACAGGAGCAAUGUAUAUGUCAGUCCCUUUGAAAAAAAUAAAAAAUAAUCUUUGCAAUA